AUGUUUGAUGGUGGUAGUAGCAGUAGUAACGGUGGUGGCGGUGGUGGUGGUGGUAGUGGUUGUUGUAGUAUUGGAGGAAAUUCGACAACCGGAAUAGGUACUAUGGCACAUCAGUUAGCUACAAGCGGAACCGAUCAUAUGGUUGCUACAAGUGCUGCUGCAGCUCAGCGAAUGGGAAUGUCGUUUGGGAUUCAUAGUUUGCUAGGAUUAGCGGCAGCUCGUGAUAUGCAACAAGGUACCGCUGCAACUUAUCUUACCACAACACCACAAUACUGUACUAAUCAAACGGCAUCAUUCUUUCCUCAUAAUGCACCACAGUUGUUUACUGUGGAAAUACCACAAAGUCGAUUUGAUCGAGUCCAAUAUGAGCCAAUUAAUCAGGGUAAUUCGAUUUUAUUCUUCAUUAUCCUUAUCUAUUCUAAUCACUUUUCGUAUUCAUUACUCAAUAUAUUUGACUUCUUAUAA